AGGGGGGCCCCCAAGGGAUCUCCGGUUUAGUUUUGGCCCGGGCCCCUGGAAACCUCUGGGCGGCCCUACUAUCAUGGGUUUCAUGGGUCUUUUCCCACUUGGCACGUGACUCCUUCGGUGAGUGCAGAGGCUGCAGAAACAGCCACGUGCUGUUUCGAAUUCGGUAUGGCGGCCACUUACUACUUUUACUUUCGCUGCUCAACCAUUUCAAGCCUUGCGAAUCUUGAAUAUCAUCGUUGAGAGUUCUUUUGCAUACAUGCCCUUUUUACUCUGAAACUCGAAGACUUGGAGCCGUCCGAGCUACAGUUGAAAGCCAAGGUGAAUCUGGUGCAGUGACUCAUCAUGUCUCUAUCCCGUUCCAUCCUUAUGAUCAUCAAUCUUCUCCUUGGAGUCUGCAGAGCUCAAAACCCAGCUACUUGUCCUCUCAACAGAGAGCAUGAUGCCUAUGCAGGGAAUGUCCAAAAGCUGGCAGAUGACAAGACACAAUACUUGGCUUCUCUGAAUAAUAAUGAAGCCUUCCUGUCUCUUCUUCAUCCCAUUAUGAUAAGGAGAGUGCCUGGCACCACCAAUCAUGCCCUGGUCCGAAAGCACAUCAUAGACACCUUGGAAUCAUAUGAGUGGACAGUUGAGACUGAUGACUUCACAAGCAAAAUUCCAUAUGUGGAUGAAGACAUGAAUGGACAGGUCCCAUUUUCCAACAUCAUUGCAACUUGGGACCCGAGAGCUUCUCGUCGCCUGAUAUUGGCCUGCCACUAUGAUUCUCUCUAUCAGAACCGUCAUAGCAACUUCAUUGGGGCCACUGACUCAGCUGUCCCCUGUGCCAUACUUCUUGAUGUUGCUCGCACACUCACUCCAUAUCUCCGCCAGCAGCAGGAGGUCAGUAUCAAUGUUUUAAACAAGUCAAGAAAGAACUAA